AUUUGUUGCUGCUGCUGCGGCCGUGCGGCCGUUUUCAAUGCCACCGAAUCCUCCAACGGUGCACAAGCAUGGAGUGGAAAUCAUGUAUCUGUGCGACGGCGAGGUCCCAUAUGUCUGCAUGGAGAGCGGGUCGCCCUUCCAUGAGUACGCAUCCAGCAUGCUUCAAUGCGCCCUCAGUAGUGGUACCAAGGCAGAUGGCCUCUAUACCUACUGCAACGAUAAGCGACUCAAUGUCGAACUGAAUAGAUUAAGCAUGAAGCCAGCCGAGUACAUGGUGGCGCAGGUGAAACAACCGCGCAUGGAACAUGUCAAAGCUGUUGGCGGCACCAAGCGUUCUUUGUUGAUCGGCCUGGUCAUUAGUAUUGUGAAUAGCAAACUCGUCCCACUCUCCGAGUUGUGGGAGCUCAUGGAUUCCUACGGCUUGCGCAGACAAUUCGAGGAGCUUCUGGUUGCAGCGCCGGCGCCGACGUUUUCGGCGAAAAAACGGACGGAGAAGGCGUCGAAGGCGUCGUCCAAUGGGUGGGAGGGCAAGUGGAAAGACGAUUGGGGCUCAGGAGAAUGGGAAGACUGGGGCAAGUGGAAAGACAAGAGCUCCGGCUACGACAAUAGCUAUGGCAGUUAUGGCAGCUAUAGCAAGUACAGCUAUGACUACAAAGAUUGGUCCAAAGCCAGUCGAAGUCGUUCGGCACCCAGAGGUGACUCCUUCAAGCCUGCACAGAGCCAACGAUCGGCCUCUCAAGGUACUGAGAGGAGUCACAAGAGUGCAAAGUUCAGCAGAUCCGUCCACGCAGACGGUGAAGAGCCGAAAGGUGAGAAAGGUGGCGACGAAACCGAGACUUGGAAGGAGCCUACAAAGAAGAAGCCUCGCACAGAGAUCCAGGCCCCUGAGCGACCAGAGCGAGAAGUUUCAGGGGCUAGCCUCUUCAAGGAGGCGAUUGCCACUCUCCCUGAGACUGUCUACGGUCACGAUGAUCGUCACGACGACCGAGAAGCGCCGUGGAUAGGUGGGCCGCCCGGGCCCGGUGGGCCUGGUGCUCGGCGGAGAGAAGGUCGAACCAACGGAAGGUCCACUCCCGAAGUCUCGGACAAACCCUUGGAGGGCAAAAACAGCGAUGUGGAGCGGCCCUUUAUGCGAUUCGAUGGCUCCCCACGGGCAGAGGAUGUACGACCACUGCCUGUGUUGCGCGAGGCUUUCUCGCGAGCAAAGGAGCGCUGGGAGAGUAGCAGGGACUGGAGCUACGUGGGAGAGAUGCUGCGGAGCAUCCGGCAAGACUUGACCAUUCAGAUGGUGCAAGACGCUUUUGUUGUCGAGGUUCAUGAAUAUUGGGCCCAAGUGGCACUGGAGUUUGGUGACUUCAAACAGUUUGACCAGGCAGCUGCUCAAUUGGAGGUCUACUACGUGGAUCCCACUUUGGAAAGUGGCGCAGGGAAGGUGCAAGAAGUCCUUGCCUGGCGCCUGCUGUAUUUCACCUUGGAGGGAGAAGGUUUAGCCACGACGGAGUUUCUGCGGCGCUUUUGGGGGCGCUUGGACAACAGUCCAGUGGUCAAGUUCGCUCGAAGGCUCCGUAGAGUCAUGAGCCAGCGAUGUUUCUCGCAAGCAAUCAAGUUGCUGUCCACGAAUCCGGAAGACGUGCCAGCGCUACCACAGAGUCUCAGGAAUGAGCUGUUGCGCAGAGCACGGCUAUUGCAGCUGAUGGGUUUGUGCAAGGCACUGAAGGACAGAUUGACCAAGGAGACCUUGGAAUCAUUCGGGCUGGCGCAGGAUGAUGAGGACAAGGCCACUACGCUGCCCAUUGUCUACAUGAAGGAUGAAUGCCAGAUUGAUGCUCAAGCGACACAUGAGCAGGCUGCCAAAGAGUUGGAACCUACCGCCCUUCGUUCAGCCACGCCAGGACAGGUUCGCAUCAAACGACGCCUUGGACGUCAGCAUGAGGAUCAUCUCAAUGGGUUCAUGCGGGCUCCACCUGUACGAGAGAUUUCAGCACCCAAGGAGAAGGAAAAGACCAAGGUGACCAAACCACGGAUGGUGGAUUGAUGGCGUGGAGCGGCCAAGUUGCUUUCCAGUUCCGAUUCUGCUGGUCGUUGUUCA